GCUUUCAGUCACCUUCAUCCCAUCACAUGCUGUGUGACCUUUAUGAUGAAGCUCCUCAUUCCAGUUUUCGUGCUGCAGGUGUUUGUGUACCAGACCUUUGGAAAAGUUGUGCAGUCUUUUAAAAAUUCAUGUCCUACGUUCUUCGUUGCAGAUCCAUCCGACCAAAACAUCCACUAUCCUCCCACAGUACUUAAUGAUACUGAUAAUCCACAGCGAUACCAACAGAUUUGUCAGCACUUCAAAGACAAAGAGAGAUACGCCACUCUAUACGACACAAAGAGCAGGAUUCCAGUCUACUCUGCUUAUUACUAUGUUGGGUAUCACAAGGUUGACAAAGCUGAAUGGAAGAUUGAGCCUCAGCUUGAUGAUCCUGAUCUUGGACCAAAUAUGGAACGAGAGAGCACUGUAAAAGAAAGUGUUAGAGGCAAGAACCAGGCACUGUUUGCUGACUAUGCAUCUCAGACUCAAUACACCAGGGGGCACCUUUACCCACGCUGCUACAGUGAGAGUCAGGACUGUGCCAUCGCCACCUAUACUCACACAAAUGCUGUGCCACAAACUAAGAAUGACAACAAUGUAUGGGGUAAAAAGGCAGAGACAAAAAUGAAAAAAAACAUAGAUGACAACUGCGACAAUGGCAUAGCACAUGUUGUGACUGGAGCCGUACCUGGCAAUUUCUGGUUGGAGAUCAAGAGAGAUAAUGUUCAUGUUGAAAAAGGGGUCAACAUCCCAAAUAAUUUCUGGACUGCUUACUGCUGCCUUGAUAAAACAACACAGAGUCCUCUGUCUGGUGCCUGGCUGGCAACGAGAAACCCUAAAGGGCUGAUAGUGCAGAAGAAGACCGUGAAGCAGCUGGAGAAUAACCUUACCACUCUCUAUGGAAUCACUGAAGGAAACUUCAGUGUGUUUGGUGGCUUGUGCCAAGGCAGUGACAAUAUAAGUGACUUUUAUGAGCUUAUCUUUGACCUCUUUUUAGAAAUGAUUUAAACAUGAGCUAUUUCCUCUUGCCCUAGUGUUAAACUCACCCAAGUGCAGUUUGCCACCCAUUUUCCGUUUUAAUCCAAUGUUUAAGUUCAUUUUUAUUUACAAGAUCACUGAAGACAACACAACUGGCUCAUUUGUUUGCUAACCCCUGCUCCACCAUGACUCCACAGACACAUCUUUGGCUUGUUUCUAGACUUUUUAACUCUACAUAAAUAUGCAAGUUUGUCCUUGCAAUUUGUGAAGGCUUGUUGUAACCCUUCGCAUUUGUAUUUGAUGUCUUGACCCUUGAGUUCUUUAGCUGACUGAUUAUGGAUUUUCCUAGUGUCUUCCGCCUGCUUUGACCCCUGCCUAUGACUAAUAAUAUGAGUAUUGGAAGCUCCCAAAAUAAAGCUAAUCUGCUAAUCCAUCCUGUGUAUCUUUCCACUUAGAGUCAUGAAGAUACUGGGAUAAUAUAUCUUCUAUAAUAUCUAAUAUAUAAUUUAAUAAUAAUGAAUGUCCAUUCAUUAUAAAAUUUACACAUUAUGUAAAGUGCAACCGACAUGUUUAAGUUAUGAAAAAUAUAUAAAUAAAAAUCACAAAAUAUGAGGUUUUGCUGCAACAGCAGCUGCUUCAGGAACACAAUUUUUCCCCUGAGUAAUGGCUACAUAUUCUUUCAGACAUAGUGUUAAGUAGAGUUGUCUUCUCCAAGUAGAAGAAUGGGAGCCUGAUUUUCUCUCAAAGAUGACAGCUUCAAGCACUGUUUAACUAAUGGUGGUCUACUAAGUCUUGCUCAGCUAUUAGGAGUCCCAUUUAGCCAUGUCUUUUAAUAGUUUUGAACUUUAAAUAAAAAACAAAAAACUUU